AAGCAUUAUCUGUACUAGUUGGCUUACAGGGACAGGGAGGGGUGCGAUUUGCGAUUGAGCCAUUUGGGGAAGAAAUCGAAGGCGGAGGGAGCAUUUUGGAAACCCUAAACUCCUGUCCUGUAUACGGAGAUCCCAAUAAUAAAGAAACGCUCUUUAUAAACCUUAAUUUCACUCUACCAGUACCUCGGACGACAGAAUUUGCACACCGAUCUGAUUCUAGUCUGUCUACUCCCGCGACCUCAUACAGUAUAACAUGAGACAUUCGGUGAAUCGUCCACCCACACCCGAUGUGGGAGAUGAUGAAGAAAAGCAGCCUUCGUUUCAAGAAAUCAUCAACAUCAAGUUGAUUGAGAGUGGGGAAAAGGAACGCUUGAUGGAGCUGCUGAGGGAGAGGCUAAUUGAAUGUGGGUGGAAGGAUGAAAUGCUCGCGCUUUGUAGAGCCUUUAUAAAGAAGAAAGGGCGAAACAAUGCCACUCUUGAUGACCUAAUACAAGUGAUUACCCCAAAAGGCAGAGCGUCAAUUCCAGAUUCUGUUAAAGCUGAGCUGCUACAAAGAAUACGUACUUUUCUGGUUUCAGCUUCUCUUUGAUGUGCGGUGGAUGGGUGUGAGCAGAGUAAGUUAUAUGUGCAAUUAUGGUGUGUUUGCCAUGUCUGAUAUACUUAAGGAGGGAGGUAUUGUUGCAGUAAAAUUGUAAUGGGAGUUGUGUAGUUCCAGUAGCCUUGUGCUAAUUCACAAGUAUAGAUUGAUUGAUUAAUGUUGAUUUAGUACAAGUUAGUUGUGGGGGAGUUUGAGUUUCUCCUCAGUGUAAAAGUACCAAGUGGUGGAAAAUGGAAAUGGAAUAGAGACUUGUCAUCUUUGCUUUA